GGGCACAGCUGUGUAUUAGAUGUUGCUCCUCUGCCGUAGUUACAAGACAGUGUGUGUGUUUUUUUUUUUUUUUUACUUCAAGGAGAAGUUUAAACUACUCCCAUGCUUAAGGAGGAGCUGCACGAAGUUAGAGAAUUAACAGAAGCAGAGAUUGAAUCCUCCUCCUAAUCAUCAUCAUCAUCUAAAUCAUCACACUACUGCUUACUUUACUUUUGCAGCCAUGAAGAAAACGGAAACUAUUGCUCUUAGGGUGCUGCUUCUCUUCUGCUUGUCUUGUUUUAUACAAGGUGAAGAGGAUCUUUCAGCUGGACCUAAUAAAGACUUCACUAUCACAUCCACCUCCUCACCUCCCCAAAGGUCCUCCGCUGCAAAUCCAGAAUCUCAAAAAGCUACACUUCCUUCCACUUCCUCCGAGGGAGAUGUAAAAAAUGUAACAAAUACUUCUGCUAAUGAAACCCUCAACCAGCAGGAUGAUGAGACGGCAAACAACACAGCUGCAACAGGUUUUCCUUCUGGAAGUGCAGGACCUACUGUGAAUGCUCCUGCACAUUUCAACAGUACAAGUGUUCCAGAAAACCUCACAUAUAGCCAAGAUUCUUCAAACAGAGAUAACCAAACGUCAACAGCAUCCAAUACAACACUAUCCACCACAACCACAAUCAUCACCACCACCACCACAGCUCUGCCCACGUCGGCUUCCUCUACACACUCGCAGACACCGUCUGCCUCCACUAGGCCUCAGAAUACCACCAAUCUACCGGCUACAACCACUCCAAACAGGGGCACAUCCUCAAAUGUUACAUUAAAGAGCACAUCUGCUCCAACGGCGGCCUCAACCAAUUUUUCCGUGACCACUAUCCUGCCAGUGAAGUUCAGCAGCGCUCCUGUCCCUCCUGGCACCCCUUCUGAGCUGAAUGUUGGAGACGACACUGCAUCCUCUAGCAAACCCAUGGAUCCUCUCUUGGCUGGCUUGGUGUCCGUGUUUGUCGUCACCGCUGCUGUUGUGUCUCUUCUAAUUUUCCUGAAACUCAGACGCAGGAACGAGCGUCCAGAAUUCCGACGACUCCAGGAUCUCCCCAUGGAUGAUAUGAUGGAGGAUACGCCUCUCUCAAUGUACAGCUACUGAGUGGUCAUGAGAAACCCUUUAAAAAAAACCUUGAAUGUCUGUCACCUAGGCCUCCUUGGAGCUCUGUCAUCGUGAACAUCUACCCGGUCACACUUUUAAUUAUUAGUUCCUGAACUGAAACGUGAGCUUCGUUAUCUAGUUUGCAGUUGGAACCAAACAGGACAUGAAUUAAGCAGCUCUGAUUUAAACUGUCACUUUUUUUUUUUAUUUGGAGGUAGUAUGUCAUCCAGUCCUGUGCUAUAAAGGUUGCAAGUACUCUGUGUAUCAAAACAUGCAAAGUAGGCCUUAAAACAUGUUACCCCUGCUUGAGCCUAAUUCCAAUUUUAAAUAGGCAAGGGAAGCCUCAUCUUGAAUUGUUUAAAAUCCCUCACAAUGAGGGUGGAUAAUGAUGUUAUUUAAAUACACCCAAGCCCAAAUUUAUCUCCAUGCAUAAUUCAUUAUAUAAAAUUAGAAAAAGUCCCAGGUAGGUCUUAGGCCUUGCUUAUUUCAUCAAAUGUAUAAGUGGUUAACCAAAAAUGGAGACCAAAGAAAUAAUGUGCCUUUUAAUGCAAAAAUUUUAAAGCUUCUGGUCCAUCAUAGUAUAGUGUGUGUGUGUGUGUAUACAAGACAUUUUUUUUAUUGCAGCUUAAUCACUUUUAAUGCCUCAGACCAAACUAAAUGAUACAGAAUAGCAGUUUAAUUUGCAAUUUCUUAACUGCUUGCUCCAAAAUAUAUAGGCAAGGUCACAUGGAGGGUAGAAUAAUACACUCGUAGGCAGUGAUAAUUGUAAUAUCUGCCUAAUAUGGAGUUUUUGUAUUUUUUUAUUUUUUAUUUUAAAACAAAUCUAAAAUCAUUUUUUAGUAAACAAUAAUUUAAUAAUAUACAUUUCCCCAUUCACAUGUGCUUCUUGACUGAUUAGUUUUUAAAAAGUUAUGUAUCUAAUUUAAUAAUGAAAAGAAAAUUUGAUGUAGGGACUAGAAGUGUACAUGUGUGUUUGUAUGUUAUGGCUAUUGCUGAUUGGCUCUGUACUAAACUUGAGUACUCGAAUAGGAGACACAGUACAGCCUUUGGCCUGCUCUGAAGAAAUUAAGAGCAGUUAGCGUUUUUUUUUUUUUUUCUUUUUCAAUUAAGUAUGUAUAAUAAAUCAGACACUGUAGCAUUCCAGGAUGGUGUGUGGUGUGAUGCGGUUUAACUCCAUUCAACAUACAUGAAGUGGUUUUCUAACAAUAAACCGAUUCUGAUACUUUAUUUAUUGUGUCGGUUUAGGGUUUAAUUAACCUUCAGAAUUAUUCAUUACAGCUCGUCUAAAAACUAUUAAAAAACCAUAAUGAGUUAGAAAUUUUGUUCAGAGUAUAAUGGCCUACAUAGUCAUAAAGUCGUUCUAAGAUCAGAGUAUCACAUUUAAUUGGGAUGUUGGUUUCAAGCCGCAGGAGACACUGAAGAGAGAGGAGCUUUGAUUCGAGGAUGAUUACUAAGCUGUCUGGCUAACAGCAGAGUCAUGUGCUCUUUAGCCUGUCAUUAACGUUGACGGAGAUUGAUUUAAGCGAACCACAAGCAAUGGUCUAUGUUAUAUAAAAAGAAUAUUAUGUAUCUGUCCAUGCUGGUCAAAGUCCUUUCUGGACGUUUUAGCAACUGUGUGUUUGUAGGCAGAGUCAGCAGUGGUGACAGUAAAUGUGUCCUUGUCGACAGUUUGAUCAGUGACCAAGACUUUACUGUGUCUUAGAUUUUCCUUAUUGGCUUAACAUCACAUCAAUGGUGACUCUAUAGGGCACUGAUGAACAAUCCAAGAACCGAGAAAACUAUAAAACCGAUCAAGCUCUAUCUAUGGAGACCUUUGUGACAUCCUGUAUUCUGCAAAGACAACUUGAUAAAUGACGUGUUUUUAACUAAAUACAUGAUUAGGAAUGUGCUCACAACUUCAUGUACAUUUAGUGUUGAUUUCCACUUGCAAUGUACACUUUCUCACACAAACCGGCUUUUUUGUGUCUUGCUGUUUUUGGUAGGCUGUACGUUUUGCACUUUAUUGUGGGAUAGGCUGCAGGGCCAUUUUUUUCUGGAAGUGUUUUAGGGUUGUCAGAGUAAUGUGUGGAGCUUUUGUUUCUUUUGUGAAAGUAAACCUAGUUGCCCUUUGUCAUGCUUGUAAUAUCAUUAUUAUACUUGAGGAGUAGAGUAGAUUAGUAGAUACUUGUUAGAUUAGUGUUAUGUGAACAUGCACUCUUGGAAGGUGAUCGUUACAUAAAGUGGCUCAUUUUAAUGGUUUCCGAUUUCGAAAAGCUCAGAUCAAGGAUGUGCACCUCUUGCACCGCAAGCCAUCAUUAGAAGUUUGAGUCAUUUCACUUUUCUGUUGCAAUUAAUAACAAUGUACAAAAUGCGCACGUGUUUGAGCAGCUGGUUCUGGGACGAGUAGGUGCUUGUCUGUGAGCGGAAAGUGACUAAUACCUCUCCUGUCAAUCAAGAGCGGUGAAGAAGCAUCACUUCCAAGUUUACAUGACCAUUCAUGCCUUUCUCUUGGUUCCCUUAACACUGAUCAGUAAUGUUGACUUACUUCUUUUUUUGAAUAUAAAAUUAAAAAAAAGGCUAAAGUGAAAACGCAUCAUCAGCUAAUGCUUGCUCAGGCAUUUGACAUCUUUAACCUUUUAUGUAAUAAUGACCAUGCACAAAGUCUGAUAGGUGUAAAAAAACAACAAAAAAACAAUAAUUAAAAAUAAAAGCCAUAUACUCUUUCAUUUCACAGAAUGUUUUCACAGAAACCCAAGUGUGCGGGAAUUAUGCAGUCAUUUUCCAUUUUUAAACCCUGCUCUUUAAGUGUAUUUACAGUGUAUAAACAUGCAUAUAAAACAUUAACACCUGUUCCAGAGUCACAUGGCUGAGUAUUUUCAACUGUUUGCGAAACUAACUUACAGAUUCAAAAACAGACCUUUUUUUAUUCUCAAGUUAUUAUUAGAAGCUUAUGUCUUUCCUUUUGUCUCUUUUUGUCAUUUUCUGCUUCACAUGCGUGCCAGAAGUGCUGUUUUUGUAUUUUAAAAAAGAUCAUGUUUUCAUGUUUGAUGUUCCAAAUGUUUUAUUAUUAAAUUUCUUUACAACAUAUUAAA